AGGAUAUCGCAGCAAUAGAUUUGUACAGGUUUGCCUUUCCAGCUGUCACCUGAUGGGGCGGGAAGGUGAUGUCUGUAGACCUGUCGCAGCUGUGGAGACUGCGAGAGGAGUGUUUGCAGAUCAAAGCCUACAAUGAGGCUCUGAACAAGGCGAUUGAGGUUCAGCGCCAAGAGAAGGAAAGGGCUGACCGCCAGAACGCUCGACACCGUCGGCGAGACGCACUGGACGAAACGAUGUGUCGCCAGCGCGAGGCGCUGGCGCAGCGGCUGAAGCGAAGGGCGCUGCUGACGUGGCACCUGCCCAGCCGCAGGUGCCACUUCCAGCGACUGGCCCUGGAACGCGAGGGCACAGCCUUUUGGAGAGGAAGGUGGCUCCGAGCAUGGCGCCUGGCAUGCAUCGACAGCCAGCUGCUCUCGCAGGAGGAAGUCCGGCGUGAGAGGGAGAUGCUGGCAUCCGGCGUAGACGCCAAGCUGGAGAAGGCCAAGGCUGACUUGCGGGCAGCACGGCGUCGUCAUCUUUCCCUGCACCUGACAGCACUCGACCGGGCCAAAGAGAGCGCGGAGUGGCAGAUCUGCCAGCGGGUCUUCCUCAGCUGGUCUUGGCAGGUGUCUUUGGAGGCUAUCCACCGGAGACAGGUGAUGCUUUUGGAGUCUAGAUGCCGCUCCUCCAGAUUUCUGCAGGACAUGCUGCUCAUGUGGAGGUCUCUGUGCGAGCCUCACAGAUUGCCGCGGGUGCCCUGUUUGGAAGCAAGAUCUGUGUUGGUUCUGGAGCAGAUGGCAGUGGACAGGCUUCGAGUCAUCAUCGAUGCGUGGAGCCAUGAAGCGGGCUUCCUGGAGAAGAGACAGGCCGCAGCGAAUUUCCAGCAGAUCUUCCCCCUCAGGGCUGCCGCAUUUCUCGCCCAGCGUUUGGAGGCUGCGGCCGCCUCUGCCAGUUUGUGGCAGUGGCGGCGCUUCACGCGCGCCCAUGCCUGGGAGGCUUGGAGCAAAGCGACCCAGUCGAGGCAGGAAAGGGAAGCCGAGAUGAGCUCCAGGAGGCACCUGGCCGACCUGCGCUGGAGGUCCGAAUUUGAGGCUGUGGCAGGCAGCCUGCUGCUUCGCUGGGCGCUGAGCCACUGGGUUGCCAGCUGGCUGUCUCCACAGAGGAGCGCAAGGCAGAAGGCACAGCAAGAGAAUCUGCGUCUCCAGUCCUUCUUGGCGGAAUCUGAAGGCCGAGCGAUGAUGAGAGCCCGGGAGCCUGCGGUUGCCGCCGGUGCGUUGCGUAUCGGCUCGCUGGUCCACGGGCGCUUGCGAUUGGCCUUGGGCCUGCUGGCACCGGCGGCGGAGGAAAGUGUUUUCCAACAGCUGCAGGUGUGCCAAGCUUCGGCAUCGCGGAGUGCGGCGGAGAGGCAGUCCAUGGAGGAUUGGUUUGUGGAACAGCAGCACGGCGUGGGACGGGCCCGACGAACCGCCCAGGAGGUCGCGGGCGCCUGGGUGGCCUACCUGCAGCUGAGGCUCUUUCGCAGGUCGCUGCUGGCGUGGCGGGUGGGCAUGCUGAAACUCCAAGUGGAGCGAAAGCGGCAGUGGCAGGAGAUGCAGCGGCGAUCACAGGCGGAUGCGUACCGGGAAAGGUGCCGAGACAAGCAGGCGAAAGCUGCGGAGGCGCUUUUCUCCUCCACGGGUCACCAGAGUGUGCGGCUGGCGCUACGGCAGUGGCACGGCGUCGCUUUCAAGGAGAGAAGAUCCAAGGAGAUUGCUCGACUGCGCGAGCAGUCGCAGGCCCGGAUUGCACAGCAGCAGCGGAGGAUAGAACAAGCCAACCUUGCCACCAUCAGGUAUCGAGAGCACGCAUUUGCACCCUUCUUCGCCGCCAGUGAAGAGGGCUCGGCCAAGUGGCUGCAGAUCUUCCUGUGGGACUGGAAGCGGGCGGUGACAUCCUCCGCUUCGAAACGGAUCCUGCGUUUGUGGCGGAUCAUUGCCUCUAUGGAGCUCUUCAAGUGCAAGGUGUGGCUCGCAGAAUCCUGCAUUCGGCUGUGGGCCUGUGUGGUGCGUGUGGCUCGCCUGGAGGCGUCUGCUGAGGAUCAUCUCCUGCCAAUCAUGGCAAUACAAGCGGAGGCACGCCUGCAGGCGUCGGUGGAGGCACGCAUCGCGGCAGGCGAGUCCUUGCUCCUGCUGCACACCCUCCUUUGUGCUUGGAGGAGGUUCCGGCAGGUGGAGAUGCUGAAGCUCGAGGUGCAGCGUGCCUGUCAGCGCUGGAAUGGCGAGGAGCGGAAGGUCAUGCAGACCCUGCGGGAUGUUGAGCAUAGCGUCGGCAAAGUCUGGGGCUUUGCGGUCCAUGCGAUGGACAAGCACCAUGCCAGGGAGGAUUUGCGCGACGUUCUGCUGGCCUGGGCGCAGGAAGCUUGCUACGGCAAGGUCGAGACUCAACUCCUGGCAGCCUGCGAAGAGGCGCACAAGGGUCCGCAAGAGCAGCGGCGCUUCGAAGCAAUGGUGCGUGAACGCUGGACAGACAGGAGCUUGCGUUUCCACCAGCGGGACCGCGCAAGGAGUUGUGUGGCCAGCUACUUGUCAUCCUGGCGACAAGCUGCGCUGCAAGAGACCGCACAAAGACGUCGGCGAGAGAGAAAGGAGCGAGCUGCCAGCGUCAUUGAGCGGUGGCUGGACCAGGAGCGCCUCCGGGAAGUGCAGUCCAUCUUCGAUGCCUGGCAACUGGCGGUUUGCUCCGCCAGGCAGCAGUGGCUCGAGCAGAGGCGCCGCUGGCUUGAGACGGUCCUGGAGCACAGCGAUGCGGCCUGGGCACAGCCGGCAGUUCCAAGCCUGCAGGAGAAGGCCUUCCAGCCACAGCGGCGGCCCCGAUUGCAGUCGGCCCCGAUUGCUCCGCUGGCAACUUGGAGACAGGUGCAAAACGGCCAUUCUGUGCGUUUUGAAGCACAUGCAGGGACAAGCACAAGCAUGCACUAUUGCCACAAAUCAUGCCAAAGUCUCCCAAUCCAAAUGUGAACCUGCCGAGACAGAAGAGAUCCCCUGUUGGAUGUUAUCUUCAGGGCAUCCGAAAAGGAACCCACUUUCUGGGGGCCAUGUUUUUUGGAUACACC